UGGCUCGCUGGACUUGCACUCGUCCGUGUGUUAUGCUGCUGAUUUUUGACGUUCGGGAAACGAGGACAGGAAGUGGUUAGCGGUGCGUUGAUGAGAUCGGGGAUCAUCGCGCGGGGCAAGAGCGAGCUUUAAUGCCCCAACGGUGCUUCGUGGGAACGCUCGCUCGUAUCUCGAGAUGUCUCUCGAUGGUCUGACACUCGGUGCCUUCAUCCUCGCCGACGUUCCACGUUCUCGCUCGUGAUUCCGCCGACGGCAGAGAUUCCCGACGAUCACGAGAUCGUAUCGUGAUGCGUGCGCAAAGUAUGUAAAUAUCUCGCUCGUGGAGGUGCCAUACACCCUGCCUUUUGCGGAGCGCACUUAACCUCCCAAGUUUUCGCCGCACCUUGUCUCCCGGGAGGAGAACGGCUGCACGGUGGAGGUCGGCGCGAUGACCACCGACAAGGUCACCCUGGGCGACGCUCUGUCGAACGUCGACGUGCUCGACGAGUUCACGCUGCCGGACGAGCAACCCUGCAUAGAGGCCCAGCCAUGCUCCGUCGUGUAUCAGGCGAACUUCGACACGAAUUUCGAGGACAGAAACGGCUUCGUGACGGGUAUCGCCAAGUAUAUAGAGGAGGCGACCGUGCACGCGAGUUUGAACGAGCUGCUGGAGGAAGGCUUGGAGCAUGCGGUCAUGCUGUACACCUGGAGAUGCUGCUCGCGCGCGAUUCCGCAGCCGAAAUCGAACGAGCAGCCGAACCGAGUGGAAAUCUACGAGAAGACGGUCGAGGUGUUGGCACCCGAAGUGAACAAGUUGCUGAACUUCAUGUAUUUUCAAAGAAAAGCGAUCGAGCGAUUUUCGGCGGAAGUUAAACGACUGUGCCAUCACGAGAAGAGAAAAGAUUUUGUGUCCGAGGCAUACUUGCUGACCCUAGGAAAAUUCAUCAACAUGUUCGCUGUAUUGGACGAAUUGAAGAACAUGAAAUCCAGCGUGAAGAACGACUAUUCCACGUAUAGAAGAGCGGCACAGUUCCUGAAGGUGAUGUCGGACUCUCAGACGCUACAAGAAUCCCAGAAUCUCUCGAUGUUUCUGGCGACGCAGAACAAGAUCCGCGAUACGGUCAAGGAAAAUCUCGAGAAGAUCACGGGAUAUGAAGAACUGCUCGCGGACGUGGUCAAUAUCUGUGUUCAUAUGUUUGAAACCAAGAUGUAUCUCACGCCCAACGAGAAGCACAUGUUGGUCAAAGUGAUGGGCUUCGGCUUGUUCCUGAUGGACAGCGAGCUGUGUAACAUCAAUAAGCUCGACCAAAAGAAAAAAUUGAAGUUGGACAGAAUCGACCGGAUCUUUAAGAACUUGGAGGUGGUGCCGUUGUUCGGGGACAUGCAAAUCGCGCCGUUCAAUUACAUCAAACGCUCGAAGCACUUCGACGCGUCAAAGUGGCCGCUGUCCGCGUCGUCAAACAGUAUGAGUCCGCAAGCCGAUCUCAUGGUGCAUCUUCCGCAGAUCAGAGAGGAUCAUGUGAAGUACAUCAGCGAAUUGGCGAGAUACAGUAACGAAGUCACCACGACGUACAAGGAGUGCCGAAGCGACACGGAAAAUCGGGACACCGCGGAACUGGCAUUACGUGGGUUACAAUUGCUCUCGCAGUGGACCAGCGUAGUGACCGAGCUGUACAGUUGGAAGCUGCUGCAUCCCACUGACCAUCACAUGAACAAAGAAUGCCCGCAAGAGGCCGAGGAAUACGAAAGGGCUACGCGCUACAACUAUUCCGACGAAGAGAAGUUUGCCCUUAUAGAAGUUAUAGCGAUGAUUAAGGGACUGCAGGUGUUGAUGGCACGUAUGGAGACUGUUUUUAUUGACGCGAUACGUAGGAAUAUAUACGCCGAGUUGCAGGACUUUGUGCAGCUUGCGUUGCGCGAACCCUUGAGGAAAACGAUCAAAAAUAAAAAGGAUUUGAUUCGGAGUAUAAUCGUCUCCGUUAGAGAAACCUGUGCGGAUUGGCAUUUCGGAGUGGAGCCACUCGGAGAUCCCGCUCUAAAAGGCAAGAAGGAUCCAGACAAUGGAUUCGGGAUUAAAGUACCGCGAAGAAACGUUGGUCCGUCUUCCACGCAAUUGUACAUGGUGCGAACCAUGUUGGAGUCGUUGAUAGCCGACAAAAGCGGUGGCAAACGCACUCUGAGAAAAGACAUCGAUGGCCAGUAUCUCGUUCAAAUUGAUCAGUUCCAUAAAACUAGUUUUUACUGGGGUUAUCUUCUGAAUUUCAGCGAAUCUCUACAAAAUUGUUGCGACCUGUCGCAACUGUGGUACAGAGAAUUUUAUUUGGAAAUGACAAUGGGUAGGAAAAUACAGAAAUGCCAAGUACGUCAUCAGCAUAACGAGGAGUGCAGCGACCUAAUCACCAUGGAGAAACGCAUUCAGUUUCCCAUUGAAAUGUCUAUGCCAUGGAUAUUGACCGAUCACAUAUUGAGAAGCAAGGAACCGUCAAUGAUGGAGUACGUUUUGUAUCCUCUGGAUUUAUAUAACGAUAGCGCCUUAUACGCAUUGACGAUAUUCCGCAAACAAUUUCUGUACGACGAGGUGGAGGCCGAGGUGAAUCUGUGCUUUGAUCAGUUCGUUUACAAGCUCAGCGAACAGAUUUUCGCGCAUUACAAGCAGCUGGCGGCCAGCAUCCUGCUCGACAAACGUUUCAGAGUCGAAUGCGUCGCUCUCGGGGCGUAUCUACUUCCGUAUCCCCGCGCCAAUAGAUACGAAACGUUGCUGAAGCAGAGGCACGUUCAGCUGCUGGGAAGAAGUAUCGACUUGAAUAAACUUAUAACGCAGCGCAUUAACGCGGACAUGCAAAAAUCAUUGGAUCUGGCCAUCAGCAAGUUCGAGUCCGGCGACAUAACUGGAGUCGUGGAGCUAGACGGAUUGCUGCAAGUCAAUCGCCUCACGCACAAGCUUCUAUGUAAGUGGCUCGCGUUAGACGAGUACGAUGCCAUGUUCAGAGAAGCGAAUCACAAUGUUCUAGCGCCGUACGGAAGAAUCACCCUUCACGUAUUCUGGGAACUGAAUUACGACUUUUUGCCAAAUUAUUGUUACAACGCCGCUACAAACAGAUUUGUCAAGUGUCGCGGCCUGCAGUUCGUACAGCCCGUUCACAGAGAUAAACCGCCGCAAAUGUCGCAUCACUAUCUCUGGGGUAGUAAGCAGUUGAAUCUGGCUUAUAGCACUCAGUACGGGCAAUACACGGGAUUCGUCGGUCCGCAUCAUUUCCGUACGAUAUGCAAGCUACUCGGGUACCAAGGGAUAGCUGUGGUAAUGGAGGAACUUCUGAAGAUCGUGAAGACCUUGAUCCAAGGAAGCCUGCAUCAAUUUACGAAGACUCUGAUGGAAGCUAUGCCGAAGGUCUGCAAGCUGCCACGAUACGAUUACGGAUCCCCCGGCGUUUUGGGCUACUAUCACGCUCAGUUGAACGACAUUGUGCAAUAUCCGGACGCUAAGACUGAAUUGUUUCAUAAUUUUCGCGAGUUCGGCAAUACGAUUCUGUUUUGUCUCCUGAUGGAACAAGCCCUGUCGCAAGAAGAAGUGUGCGACUUGCUGCAUGCGGCGCCGUUUCAGAAUAUUCUACCUAGACCUUAUUGCAAAGAGGGAGAGAAACCCGAGACCAAGCAGAAACGAUUAGAGACGAAGUACUCGGCUUUACAGAUUGUUCCAAAUGUAGAUAAAUUAGGUACCGCCAAGCAAGCGAUGAUCGCCCGAGAGGGAGAUUUGUUGACGCGCGAGCGACUGUGCUGCGGUUUGUCGAUAUUCGAAGUUGUGCUGAGCAGAUUACGGAGCUUCUUGGACGAUCCUAUCUGGGUCGGGCCGCCACCGGCGAACGGUGUGAUGAACGUGGAUGAAUGCACGGAAUUCCACAGGCUUUGGAGCGCGCUUCAAUUUGUAUACUGUAUUCCCGUUGGUGAAACUGAAUUUACCGUCGAGGAGUUGUUCGGUGAAGGUCUGCACUGGGCUGGGUGUGCCAUGAUCGUCCUUUUGGGCCAGCAACGCAGGUUCGAGGCGCUUGACUUCUGCUAUCACAUUCUUCGAGUGCAACGUGUGGAUGGCAAAGACGAGAAUGUUAAGGGAAUACAUCUGAAGAGGAUGGUGGAUCGGAUAAGGCGAUUUCAAGUGUUGAACUCGCAGAUAUUUGCCGUGUUGAAUAAAUACUUGAAAAGCGGAGACAGCGAUGCGGCGAGUGUGGAACACGUGCGCUGCUUCCAGCCCCCGAUACAUCCCUCGUUGGCGCACACGCAACAGCAUUAUCACGCGCCCGAGUAUUUACGCCAGAUAAAUCAUCAGUAAGCGAUAACUGUGAAACAGUUACAUUUCGCGUCCUGAUUGCAUUAUAAUACAAUUUGGAUCAAAAAGAAAGAAAAAAACGAAGUCAUUCCCUGUUGUUUACGGAGGAAUAUAUUUCUAGCUGAAAUUUUCAUAUUUUAUAUCACACCCGCGUCGAAAUAUCAUUUGUACUAUCUAUUUAAUUCAAUAUUGCUAUAAAUGUUUAUCGGAACACGGUUUUUACGACUGAUAAGAUAAAGUUUAUAGAAUUACGAGGAGAAAAAAAAUUGCAAACGACGAAUUUGAAAAUUUCACCUACUUCCAAAGCACGCCACGAUUUUAAUCAAUCUAUUUAAUGGUACGUAUGUAUAUGCGUAUGUCUAGAUGGACUUAUGUAAUACUGCUUUAACAGUUUAUAACAGAACUGAUAACGUAUGAUAAUAUCCUAGAUUUAAGUAUGGCAAUCUAUCAAUGUAGUAGAAUAGGUAUGAACUUAUAUUUUGUAAGAUAUUCCAAGUUUAAUCAAAAAAACAAAGUAUUAUAUAUAAAUAUUAUAUUCAUAUCACGCAUAUAAGUUUUUGUGUAGUGUCCAUGUAUCGAUAACUAUGUAUAAAAUGCACACAUUUUGUAAUACCA